GUCAGUUUUCUGAUGAAUCACAUCAACCGUGUCAGACUGAUCCACAAACUUUACUACCAACUAAAGGGUGCAAGUUUUUUCCUAACAAAUAUCAAAACACAGACAGCUCUAUAAUGUUCUUACCAAGCCUGGAUUCUGUGAGCACUUUUUGUCGUGAAAACGAGCACAAUUAUGAAGCCCCAAACUUGCAAAACAAAAAAUGUGGCAAAGCAACACGGACUGUGAUAUUUGAGGAUUCUGUUGAUAAAGACGCACUUCGUUCUCUGAAACCACUGCUGUCCUCUCCACCAGCGCCAACUUUCAAAGUUGUGCAGCGAAAUGCAUCGGGUUGUUUGUCUCGUCCUUGAUGUCUCAGGAAGCAUGACAGGCUCUAGAAUCCUCCGACAGCAGCAGGCUGCCACACAUUUCCUGCAGAACAUCAUUGAGGAUCAAGCCAGUGUUGGAAUUGUAACCUUUAGUGAUAAUGCUAAUACUCUGAGCCCCUUGACUACUAUUGACAGUGAAUCCACACGAGAGAAACUCAUCAAAUUGUUGCCAAAAGUAGCAGAUGGAGGGACAUACAUUUGUAAAGGCCUCACCCUAGGCUUACAGGUACUCAAAAAUGACAAUGGGGAAUGUGAUAGGGGAUGAAAUCAUUUUUCUGACAGAUGGUGAAGCAUCAGACAAUAUUAAUAGUUGUGUUCCAGCUGCAAUUGAAAGUGGCGCCAUUAUACACACAAUAGCUUUGGGUGAUAAAGCAGCUAAAGCACUGAGGGAAAUGGCUGACAAAACUGGCGGGAAAUUUAUCACAGCCAGUGACAACAUUCUCUCUAAUCAGCUAUUGCAUGGAUUUUCUUCACUUACAAUACCAACAGGAGAUCAAACAAAAGACCCAGUUCAGAUAGACAGUACGGGAAAAAAAACAUCAGACUGGUUCAAUGGGACAAUAUUAGUGGAUCAGACCAUUGGUACCAAAACCAGUUUUACAAUAACCUAUGAAACAAGUUUACCUGACAUUUCCAUACAGUCACCAAGUGGCUCAACCUACAAACAAAUACAGAUGCGUCAUGAUGAAGCAGCAAAAACAGUCACUUUUAAAGUUCCAGGAACUGCACAGCCUGGGGACUGGAAAUACAGUAUCCAAACUACAAUAAGUCAGUCUCUGACUAUAACAGCAACGAGUCAAGCGGCGCGUGCUGAUGUUCCUCCUAUCGUUGUCAAUGCCCACAUGAACCAGCAGUUCAGUGACGGCACUAAACCCAUGAUAGUGUUUGCUGAGGUCAGUCAGAAUUACAAGCCUGUAAUAAAUGCUGAAGUAUAUUUCACACAGGUGAAAAAAGGGAGAAGCAGCUUGAAAGUAAGAGUGAAGAAUCUAGAUGGACAAGCCAAAUUUACUAUCCAAAAAAGGGGUGGUGCCCCAUACGUACCUGGAUAUGUGGUAAACGGUGUGGUGGAGCUGAACCCUCCAAAGCCUCCAGUUUCUGACGAACAUCUCGAGGUUGGAAGAUUUACCAGGACAGCCACUGGAGAGAGUUUUGAAGUGGCUUUUACAGGCUCAACCCCACCAAAUUUCCCCCCUAACAGAAUCACAGAUCUGAGUGCUGAGAUCCAGGAGGACUCUGUGCUUCUCAACUGGACGGCUCCUGGUGAGGACCUCGACUAUGGGACAGCCCACAUGUAUUCAACACAUCUGCUGUCUCACCGCAGGAGGCUGGAUCAGUUGAACAGCAUUCAUUCAAUUCCUAAUAUCACAAUCCAAAAUGGCACCACAGUCUUUUUUGCUGUUCAGUCUGUGGAUAAAGUGAAUGUAAAAUCUGAAAUCUCCAACAUUGCUCAAGCUUCAAAGAUGCUCCCUGGUCCAAAACCCACAGACAUGCCAGAUCUAGACCUGAAGUUGAUGUUUAUUGCAAUUUCUGUUUGUCUGGCAACUGUGGUGAUUAUUGGUAUUAUUGCGAUAACAACAUGGGCGUUGAGUCGAAGAAAACUUUCUGGUUCUUAG